AUGUCUCAUGAAGCCCCCGAAGCCUGCACAGCAUGUCGUCGCUUGAAGAGAAGAUGUUCUCGCAAUCUUCCCAUCUGCUCUCUUUGUCGGCGACUGGGCAAGGAUUGUGAAUAUCCCUCGCAUGCGAGCCAGGGCAGUAGUUCUGAUGGCUGGACCUACGGCUUGUUUCAAGGACCCGAUCAUCCAUUUCCACCACAAUUCUUUCUAGAUCAGGACUUGCAUUCCCCACUCCGCACGACUCAACUGUCAUGGUCAUCCCAGCCCGAACUAAAGUUCCACGCCUUGAAGCAUCUCGAUGUGGAUACACCGACACUUUACAAUGAAUAUGCCAGCAAAGUUCAUAUCUGGCUUCCAAUGCUGAGUAGAAAAAGACUACUCGAUGACGGUAUUGAGAGUUCCGAAAAGACGGAUGCUUGCCACUUUGUGCUACUUCUUUGUAUGAAGCUUUGCAUAGAGAAGCCUAAUGACGUGCCUAGCAAAUCUAUCUCGUAUAUAGCGGCAAAGUCACUUUGUGCGGCGGCCGAACAGGCCGGAUAUCUCUCGUUGCGAUUGGUCCAGUCCCUUGUGCUUCUGACAUUUUACGAGAUCUGUCAUGGAAUUCAGCCUGCGGCAUUCAUGACGAUUUCCAAAUCAGCACGAAUGGGUUCUUUAAUAGGUCUGUAUGCUACUCAAUAUAGCUCUAAUUUAUUCCAAGACACGCCGACUUGGACAGCGAGUGAGGAGGCACGGCAGACUUGGUGGGCCAUGUUUGUUCUUGACAGAUACAUGCUCAUGGAUGUAAAUGGUCUUCCCUUUUCAGUGCCAGACCCCGCUACCGAAGAGCUCCUACCUGUCAAUGAUAUUGAUUGGGAUACGGGAAAGGCUGUCGCUAGUGAAAGUCUUUACACGUCAUCCUUUAGCAAUAACACUGUGUUGGGCCCGUUUGCCAUGCUAUGCCAAGCGUCAAAUAUCCUAAGCAAGAUUCAGCAACACAGAAUGAGAAAAAAAGUCAUCAUCUGA